AUCAGAGGGAGCCAUGUUGACCCAGGAAGCAGUGUGAGAGCUGGGCGGCCCCACGUGUGCAGCUCUCCGGCUCUGAAGGUUAAACGCGCUGUCGGUUCUGUGAGAAGCGGAGAGUCCACGGUGGAGGAGAAGCCGGAGACCCCAGCUACAGAGAUGGACCCCAUGAAGGCACAGCAGCUGGCGGCGGAGCUGGAGGUGGAGAUGAUGGCAGACAUGUAUAACCGCAUGACCAAUGCCUGUCACAGAAAGUGUGUCCCCCCUCACUACAAGGAAGCAGAACUUUCGAAAGGCGAGGCGGUGUGUCUGGAUCGUUGUGUAGCCAAGUACCUGGACUUGCAUGAGAGACUGGGCCGCAAACUCACAGAGCUGUCAGUACAAGACGAGGAGAUGAUGAGGAAAGCAGCUACUGGAACUGGAUAAACCUCACAUGGACUCCUACAGAGCAACUUGGGGCCUGGGCUAAACUGUGAAGACGGCCUGCGGGAAGAGUGGGUUAUUAAGGACGUGCAAAUUAAUAGAUUAUGAUUAUGGAUGUGGCAAGAUUUCAACAUUUCACCUCAUCAGUAUUGAAUUGAGUCUGUCUGCGAAGUUUGAGGGGUGGUGGAUGUUAAAAUGGAUGUUUUAUAUUUGAGUUGUUUAACGGCACCCAGUUAUUGUGAAAAUGCAGAGUCUUCAUUGGAUUUGGAAGCCCAGAGAAGUUGUGAUGGUCAUUGCUGGUUUACAUGCUCAUCCUUUAGGUUUGAGUUUUGUCUCUAAGCCCAGACGUGUGUGGACCAGGUUCCUUAUGAGUGAUACAUGUUCUUUUUGUGUUGGUUGUCGGUUGGAACUUUUUUUUUGUUUGUCUUUUUUUAUAUUUUGUCAAAACAUACUUAAAUGUGCAUACUGACAAACUACAUGUGUGGAACGUUUUAUUGUAUUCAUGUCAUUUGGAAAAAAAAAACUUACCUUUGUUGCACAACUAAAUUUAAAUAAAUGUUAUGUGUU